AUCAAUGAGUGCGUGCUGAGGGUGAGUUUGGAAGAACGUGUGCGAAAGUCCUUUAAUAAAUAAAGAACCUGGCCUCUGCUAUAGGUUUGCGUGUUGGAAUGUGUGACUAGUUAACAUUAUUUGUACUUAUUAUUUUAUGAAAAGUAGCUAGUUUGCUAUUGACCCACAACAAAAGUUGAAUGUCCAGGAUCUUUACGUUGUUUAAUUUGUAGAUAUUAGAAAACGGCCCUGUGUUUGGAAAAUGUCUUCGGUCUGUCAGGAAACCACUCUAACUAGCAAGUCCAUUCCGACCAGAUGGGUGACUAUAAACGACGCGGCGCACAUGCCCCACGACUACUCCACAACUCCCGGAGGAACUCCGUUCACCAUAACUCCUGGAGGUACAAGAAUUAUCUACGACCGGCAGUUCCUGCUGGAGUGCCGCACUUCCCCGCUGGCCAGGACUCCCCCGUACUCUCUCCCUGACAUUCCAGGGGUCACCAGCCCACCCUCAAAACACAUCACCAAUGUAAAGGCCCAUAACGGAGAACCACUGAACAACAACAUCGUGGCACCUGCUGACAAGAGUGCUGGGGAUGAUGCACAGUUUGAAAUGGACAUCUAACUGGUGGUGAAAUGAGCAUUCUAGAGGGAUGUGAAACAACUGCACAUACUACCAUGAUGCUAAAGAAGAGGCCCAGCCAAUCCCCUGUCCAGACUCGCUACAAUAUUGUCACCCUGUGUUUACAGAUGUGUCCAUUAGUUGCUGUGUGUUAACUUUCAAUAUCAGUGGUGUUGUUACUGUGAAAACUGCUCAAAGGUAGCCUGUUGCCUUUCUCUUGUGAACCCAGCAACAACACUGAAAAAGACUGCCCCAGAGGAGUGGUGUGGAGGUAACGAUUCAAUACAAUUGUUUUCAUUCUUUAAAAUUAUUUUGACACUCAAAUCAUCCUAAUCAUGGGCUAACCACCCUUCACCUCUCUUCAAAUACUGCCUUCAAAAAAACUUUACAUUUUUACAGAUAGUCAUACAAAGGAAUGUUUUUGUCACCUUAAGUUUUGAGACAAAAUAAAUACAUUUUCACAUGGUAUGUAAAGAAUAAUAAAUAAAGCAAAGAGAACAUAUAUUUGGUAGUAGACUUGUUUCCUAAAAAGUAACCCGUGUGAAUAGAAUGGGUAUGUGUAUUCCAGAAUCACAGGAUAGCUUCUGUCAAACCCUCGGGCACUCUCUGUGAUCUGGCAAGUGUCAUUAGUCUCAUGGUAAAUGGGUUGCUGACUGCAAUACAUGUUCCCCUACAGGAAAACCCCUUGGUAUCUGACAGGAAAAAAUGAAUGACCCACAAAUGGUUAUUCCACUGGUAAUAUAAUGUAACAGUAAAAUAAAAGACAUCGUUA